GAGAGAAUGGGCCUUGCAAACUCUAAGCAGUUUAAACAAGCCCAGAUUCUAAUGCUUGGGCUUGAUUCAGCCGGGAAAUCCACCCUCUUAUAUAAGCUGAAAUUUAAUGAUGUCUUCCAAACUUUGCCAACCAUCGGUUUCAACGUGGAGAUGCUUGAAACAGGGAAAGACAUUGCCUUAACCGUCUGGGAUGUUGGGGGCCAACACCAAAUGAGGCCUGCUUGGAGCAACUACUUGGAGAACGUGGAUAGCCUGGUCUAUGUUGUGGACAGCACAGACAACCAGCGGUUGGAAGAGUCAAAGAAAGAAUUGGAGCUUCUUUUGAGGAAUGAGAGGAUUAAGAACGUGCCUGUGGUUGUGCUAGCAAACAAACAGGAUCUUCCUGGAGCUCUAAGUGCUGAGGAAAUAACCAGGAGGCUGAACGUGAAAAAGCACUGCCACGACCGAAACUGGUACGUACAACCCUGUUGUGCAAUUACAGGUGAGGGUUUAUCAGAAGGAUUUCGGAAAGUGACGUCCUUUGCAAAAUCCUGCAUGAAAUCUAAACAAGAAGCUUUUGCUCUUUUUAAGCAAGAUUAACAUACUCUAUUCUGAUGCAAGGGAGAACAGCCAUGCAAAGCUGACUGGGACAGAAAGUCAGUCAUUGAACAGAAUAUCUGGUGCUGCUAUUCGGACUUUUCUAAGACAGAACAUAUUUAUCCCAAGCCAGUUUACUGUUUUCAGAGAUACUAUUUUGCUGCAUUUUAAUGAAUAAAUGCAAUUCCCAACUUCAUUGCUUAUGGAACUGCAUA